UGGAUGGUGCGGCUGUCAAUCGGGGGCGUAUAAAUAUAGGAAGCCGCCGGCUCCUCCCUCAGGAAGGCCGGGAACGGCGUGCUGCGCGGGUCUCGCGGCGCGCGAUGGCGGAAGCUGUGGCGACCGGAGCUAGCGGAGAGGCGGUGGCGGCGAUGGCGGCGGCGGCAGAAAUGUCCUCGGAAAUGUCCUCAGGCCGGGCAGGCUGGUCUCAGGGCCAAGGCUUCCCUAACUACCUGCUCUUCAAGCCCCAGGCUUUGGGCCUCAAACACAGCUGGUGGCUGACGGGCUUCUCUGGUAUGAAGGGCUGAGGCUGCAAAGUCCCCCAGGAGACGCUGCUCAAACUCCUGGCGGGACUGACACGGCCUGAGGGGCGGCCCCCGCUGGGCCGGGGCCUAGUGGGAGGCCAGGAAGAGGCGGCACAAGAAGCCGGCCUCCCAACUGGGGCGGGCCCCAGCCCAACCUUUCCAGCCCUGGGCAUUGGAAUGGACUCCUGUGUCAUCCCCCUGAGGCACGGGGGCCUGUCACUGGUGCAAACCACGGACUUCUUCUACCCCUUGGUGGAAGAUCCCUACAUGAUGGGGCGCAUAGCUUGUGCCAACGUGCUUAGUGACCUCCAUGCCAUGGGCAUUACUGAAUGUGACAAUAUGUUAAUGUUGCUCAGUGUCAGCCAGAGUAUGAGCGAGGAAGAACGAGAAAAGGUAACACCACUCAUGAUCAAAGGCUUUCGGGAUGCUGCUGAAGAAGGAGGGACUGCAGUGACUGGUGGACAGACAGUGGUCAACCCUUGGAUCAUCAUUGGUGGAGUUGCCACUGUGGUAUGUCAGCCAAAUGAAUUCAUAAUGCCUGACAGUGCAGUUGUUGGGGACGUCCUUGUGUUAACCAAACCUUUAGGAACCCAAGUCGCUGUCAAUGCCCACCAAUGGUUGGAUAAUCCUGAAAGAUGGAAUAAGGUAAAGAUGGUGGUCUCCAGAGAAGAAGUUGAAUUGGCCUAUCAGGAAGCCAUGUUCAAUAUGGCUACCCUAAAUAGAACUGCCGCUGGAUUGAUGCACACAUUUAAUGCCCAUGCAGCCACUGAUAUAACAGGCUUUGGCAUCCUAGGACACUCUCAGAACCUGGCAAAACAACAAAGAAAUGAGGUGUCCUUUGUUAUUCAUAAUCUGCCCAUCAUUGCCAAGAUGGCUGCCAUCAGCAAGGCUAGUGGAAGGUUUGGACUUCUUCAAGGAACCUCAGCUGAAACCUCAGGGGGGCUACUGAUUUGUCUGCCAAGAGAACAAGCAGCUCGCUUUUGUUCUGAAAUCAAAUCUUCCAAGUAUGGAGAAGGUCACCAAGCGUGGAUCGUGGGCAUUGUGGAAAAGGGAAACCGGACAGCCCGGAUCAUUGACAAGCCUCGGGUUAUUGAGGUCCUACCUCGUGGGGCCACUGCUGCCACUCUUGCUCCUGACCAUUCUAAUGCUUCCUCUGAAACUAACGCAUGAGAUAGAAAAGCAGGAAUACUUUGGACCUUUGAGUCCCUGUACACUGUCGUGGGCAAUUAUCAAGAGGUGAUUUUUAAGAAGUUUCCAAAGAAGGCUGCCUGCAUAGUGGUUCCAGCUGACCUUCCUAAAAUGAUUGACUCAGUCCAUCAAAAGCUGCCUCUAUGUACAUUCCAAGGCCAGAAGUAACGUUUGAACUUUGAGGGGAUGUGUGUUCAUCUCUUGGGUAGAAAAGGAAUGGAGAAAUCUGUUUCCUCUUUCCAAAGAAAGAUGAGGGAUUAUUCUUUGCACUGGGUUGAUUCUUAUCUGCACAGGGAGUGAAAUUAUUUAUUAAAAUGACAUACAAAAACAAAUCGAAAAAAAAAUUAGAAGGAAAUUAGUUUGGACCAAUAUUGUUGAUAAAUCUAAAUUGUUAAGGGAGGUCUUACAGUGCAAUGUCAAAUUCUUAUUAGUUUUCU